AUGGUGGGAUGCUUUUUGCCGCCCUCCCCACAAAAUUCCGCCCUGGGCGGUUGCCCAUGUCGCCCAUAUCAGAAAAAGCCACUGGGUACAUCGCAGUUUCGCUCCUGUGCCUCCUGUGAAGACUUGAAACCGUCCAGGAUGAAUCUGAUCGUCUUUUCACUUAUUUUUCUCCUCUUUAAGUCCGGGUUCUCUGCCGAGGAGAAAUAUCUACCCGAAGGACCUCUGGAUGUAAUGUUGGGGGAAAAUAUUACAAUAAAUCUCCUGCUUCCAAAAGUAGAGGGUGAUUCCAUAGGUUGGGGUUUUAACAAUAGAACUAUUGGUGGAUUGGGGGCUGACAGGGUUUCAAUUCAAGACCCAUAUAAAGACAGAGCUAUUAUUAACAACAACGGGUCCCUGACUCUGAAGUCCCUAAAAUCAGAAGACAGCGGGAAUUAUAAAUUACAUCUAUUCAGGAAUGGAUCGUUUUUUCAAGCAAAGGUUGAAGUCCGAGUUAAGGAUGUUUUACAUCCCAACCUGACUUUGCUGGCCCCCUCCAGUGAGGAGCUGCAGCAGGGGAAGUUAACCCUCACAUGUCUGGGCAACAAGGGCUUCCCCUCAGACUGGCGAUUGCGUUGGUACGUCAACAGCAGCAGUCCAGUGAACUGGAAAGAGGAACGUGGCCCUGUGACGCCUCUGGAUGACGACCACUACAGCUGGAGCAGCUUCUUGACGGUUGAUGAGGAGAACUGGAAGAAGAUAUCGUCUGUGACCUGCAGGGCGGUUCGGGGCUCACUGGCUCCGGUCUCAGUCACUCUGAAGAUCAACUUGAGUUCGGAGACCCAGCCUGACUCACUGGAUUGAUUUUUAUAUUUUAACUGGUUUCUCUCUGCGGGGCAUUUUCAGGAACCAAUUAUUCUCUCGCUUUACUCUGGUCUUCUUUAUACUAUUGAAUAUAAUAUAUCAUAAUUCAUGGUCCGAGUUGAGGAUCAAUGUACUUCUGUGUAGGCGCCGCCUGUUGAAAAAGCUCUUAAACUUUAACUUUGUAUUGUUAUUUUAAAACCAUGAAACUUCUGAAAAAAAUCACAUUUUCAUUUUGAAGAAAAUGAAGAUUGACAUUGUCAGUUUGUUUUGAACCUUUUACGCCUGAGUUUCAAAUGUCUGCCUAUAGCCUAUACUUCUUUCUUAUUUUAAUUGUAAGUUGUUAUUUAAAUGUCCUGUGAGAUGAUAUAUUUACCCAUGUAUCCAUAACAACUGGAACUUUCGAUAUCCAGCAAGUUAUUUUCGCAAUUUACCGUCUAUUAAACGAGUGCCCCCCUGAUUAAUUACACUUUCUGCGGCUGCAAAUGUGGAAUUACCGUAAUAACCCGAUAUUGGCUGGAUAGUGCAACGUCUCCCCUUUCAGAAACCGUUGAAAUUUUUCAGAUGUGGCGGAAUUACGGUACUGCAAAUUUGGCCGUCACGUUCCGCUCUAGAAGGGUUAAGGCGAAGAGCAUCUUUAAGUACUAAAUCACAUUAACAUUUAUAUAUGUAGAAAUUUAACUUUUAAAAAUUUUCUGCAGAAUAAAGUGUAAUCUACUUAAAAUAUGGAUUCAGCAAAUUAUCUGCUGAGUUUGAAGCAAAAAUAAAAAUCUUUGUAACUUA